AUGGAAUCCUGUGAUGUCUCGAAUAUCUGGGACAUCGAAAAUGAGAAAGAGACUAGUGGAAAUGGUGAGUUCUGGUUAUUUUUGAUAAAGUUUGGUGAUUUUCUAUACCAUGGAUCGGAAGUGUAUUGGCGAAUUGCUGAUCUAGCGGGUGUAGACACUCUAGUAUCGAACCCGAUUGCUAGCCAGAUCCAAGCUCCCCCACUAACUAUGAAAGAUCUCUCGAUCCGGGUGAAGUCGAUUCAAGUCCUAGCAAAGCCGCAGGAUUCACCUUCAUCCCAAGUAGAAAAUAAAAAAGGUCCCAGGACUGCUGCUCGUAGCCAUGUUAUGCGAGAAUUUUGGCGAGAGAAAAAGUUGCAGAAAAUCAAGAAGUUUGGAGAGGCCCAGAAGAAAGAUUUGUGUAGUUUGAGACCGAAGAACUCGAAAUGUAAAGCUUUGAAAGAUGUUGGCUGUUGUCACUCGAAUCUCGAAAAUAGGAAGGAUUGCUCCAGCUCAGAGGUUGAUAAUGAAGGAUCGGACGAAUCUGUUGCUCGUGAAGUGUCGAUAAAAAUAACUCCAACAAAAGCCCUGAAACCAUCGCAGAAUCAAAACACGUUGGCCGACGAAGUUCCAAAACAUAGCCAGACAAUGACUCCUCUAGAUAGGGCCGGAAUCGCAGAUGUAGAUCCAUUCUCAAGAUUAAAACUCGGCGAGGGAUCAGAGAUGCAAAGGCUACUACACCACUAUUUUUUCAGAGUAGGAUGGCUAUUUUCAAGAGUUGCUUGGCUUGACCCCGAACCCAACCAUACCAUUAUGGGAUUUACUACCCACCAUAUCCAGGCCCGACUUCAUGGCCAAAAGGAACCGCCUAGUGCUAUAACAUACAAGAUGGAGGGAGACUUCAGUGUCCAUAUGACUGGAUUGGACCAAAUGAUAAAAUGUAGAGGUCUUAUCGCCUUUUCUGGGAAUAGACCUUUGCAGCUUGUAGUUGAAAGCUCACUCAGAGCUUCGAUGAUUCAAUAUGAAGUCAUAAGAAUGCAAGCAAUAAAUGACUUUGGUGCAGACUUCAUAAGGAUGGUCGAUGGUCUUGAAAGAGCCACGGGAUUGAUCAAAGAUGCCGCGUCCAAGACAAUAUCUCUGGGACAAUGGGACAAUUUCAGUAGUCAAAUCUGCUCAGCGGCCAUAGGAAUGAAUUGGCUCCAUCCAACUGAGCAAACCAUAGAUGAGAAAAACAACGUCGUUUGGGAGUGUUUUCGACUCGCAUCUUUGGCUUAUCUUCAGAUGGCUUUACAUGAAUUUAGCACCACUUCACAACUUAAUGGACAAUAUUUUCGAGCCUGCAGGUAUCAAUUACUUGACAUGAACGCUGACUGGGGCAGAGCCAUUGAGAUGCUAGCCCGUGUCAUCCUUCGGGGAGAGCGCUCGAAUGUAGAGAGACAUCGGAGAGCGUGGUAUGUAGCCAAUGCUAUGAUAGAGUUGCAAGACUUGGUCUCGAAACAUGGAAGAUGGUGGAAGGGAUCCUACUUACUUAUCUGGGAGGUUUCGCAGGGAGACCUGAAGGUAAAUUGA